AUGUUGUCCUCUCGUCUUUUCGUCGCUGCCUGCUUGGCAUCGUCCGCGCAGGCGGUUCGCAUGAACGCUAUCCCAGAUCCUCUCUCUAUCUUGCCCCCGGGAGUUGCGGGAGGUAUUGCUGCGGCAGUUUCGGACGAAACCCCGUAUGUUUUAAAUUUGAUGCCUCCGACGGAAGACGGAGCGGCCAUGAACGGCCUCAUAGACUCUUUUGCGGGUAUCGAGAAAUCUCACGAGCAAGCUAUUGAAGCGGAGGCAGUUGCAGACAAGCAGCGCCUUCUCGCUGCUGAAUUGCAGAAAGUGAGAAGCAUCGUCGCAGCAAAGCACUCUGCUUUCCUCAUGACUCCCCUUGCGCCGAAGGCUGACCACGCCUUUGUGUUGCAUGCUCCCUCAGAAUCGGCCUCUGACAUUUCUGGUGCGGUUAACUCGAUCAUGAUAGUCGAGACGGCGAUUGCGCAGCAAGCGGAUAGUGGUGCCGCUGCCAUGAAGAAAGCGCUGCUUGCUCACGAAAUCGCAGCUAUCGGCUCGAUCGUGCGUGGGGCCGCUCAUUAG